AUGGAGAUGUGCUUGGAUGAAAAGUGGAAGCUACCGAGCAGCUCCAAGAAGGGGGGUGGCGCCGGCGACCAGCGAUGCGAGCCCGAAGGGCCUCAAGGGCCGCACAUCAUAGAGGGGGCCCGCCGCCUGGUCUGCCGUGCCGUUCCGGGCCGGCUGGCGAGCCCUGUGAAGGAGCAGAGGGCCAGGUUCUACAUCGUGCGCCGCUGCGUCACCAUGCUCGUGUGCUGGAGGGACUAG